AAAUCUGGCUGAAACAGAUUAUGAUUUUGUUCUAUUUCACAGGGAAGAAUGUGGAGUUUCUCUGAGAUUAUGGUAAGACCAAAACUGAGGUGUGAUUUAGUGUUGAAGAGUUUUCUUGGCAGGCUCAUGAAGGAAAUAUACAGAGCUGGUGAGCCCACAGACUUCAAUGACUUUUACUACAAUGCCAAGAUCAAACUGUCAAAACAAACCAUAAAUGAACUUGAAAUGUUUAUGAACGGUGAAGACAACUGGAGACCCGAGGCUUUGGAUGAUGCUCUCAGUGGCAUACUGGUGGAACUUAAACCUCACAAUGUUUUCACCAGUGUUGAAUACAUGUUUGGACUAGAUCUUGUCCCAAUGUUAACAAUCGGGUUCUUUUCUAUAAUUGGUGUACUUAUUGCCUUAAUUAAGCCACAGCUAAGAGUUUCAUGGUUGAAGUGUUUUAUUACCACAUUUGCCAUCUCCUUCUUUGUCAGCAUUCCCUGGAACUGGUUCUACCUGUACAAGGAGGCCUAUGCAAAACACCAGAGCAAACUAAUGAAAGUGGAGAUACACUAUCAGGAGUGCAUGAGACUACAGAAUCUUUGCUGGUUUGGUAGUCUUCGAGAAUGGUUCAGAACCACUCUGACUUUUCAAAGUGAUCCUUGUGAGGAAUACCUUAAGAUCUUCCUAAUUGACCCAUUUCUUGAGGUACCGCCAAUCAAGCCAUUUGUGUACACAUUGACCACCUUCAUCAUCGAGCCACUGAGGGCCUUAGGAGAAGGGUUAGGUGGUUUUUUUCAAGCACUCCUCAAUGAUCUACCAUUUAUCGUCUGGAUUCCAGUCAUCCUCUGUGUCACCAUCUGCAGUUUGGGAGCUCUUAUGGGAGGACUGCCAACAGUUUUCCAUCAGCAAGUCAGACGUUUUCUACCCUGGCUGGACAGAAACCAGGGUAGAAAUGUGAAUGCACAAGCACCUAACCAACUCCAAAAUGACAAUGUCAGACAUAUGCGAUGAAAUAUGUUUAUAGUGAGAAAUCCAAAGGCCAUUCCUCGCUGUGCAGACCAUCUCCUCCAAAAACAUGCAACGGAGAACCCCUUGCUGUUGAAGAUGGACUUGAGACAGCUCUGCAGAAAAAGACAUGGCUCUGCAUAUUCAUAUAAUCAUGUAUAUUAUUUGUACUCUCCAUUCCUCUAGUUUUGUUAAAAUCAUAUAUCUGAUUUUGACAAAACUAGAGGAAUUAGAGUAACAAUGUUCAGAAUAGAUUCUUCAUUUGUCCGAGUCCGUACUGUUUG